AUGGGCGUUCAUGGUUUGACAGGACUCCUACGUCGAUACGCGCCUUCUUCUUUACGCACAAUCUCUGCUUCAUCACUUGCACACCAAUCCAUUGCUUUCGAUGCCAGUUGUCACUUGAACAAGUUCGUUUAUGGAGACGAGCCCCACCCAUGUCGUCACAUUUAUGGGUUCUACAGCAUGGCGCGAUUUUGCCAGUUGGUUGGCAUCAAGCCCAUCUUUGUAUUUGACGGAUCAGUGCGUAUCAAAGCCAAGGAAUAUGAACACAAACGACGUGAACGACAGCGAAAGAAGGUCCUGCAUUCACUAUCAUACGAACAUGAGCGAUCGCAACGGCUUGCGCUAUGGGCGGACGUGGCUGAUAGCUACAGGGACAUUUCAGAUGCUGCAGCAGCACGUAUACUGGAUGAAUUGGGUGAUACGCUGGAUGAACUCGAAGAAACAACCACCAACAUCUUUGAGAAACGGCAACAAGAGCAACUACAGCAUUCUUCGGACCAAGUGAUUGAACAACAUGUCAAAGAGGAUGUCGCUGCUGAGGAAAGGAUCGAACGCAAACUCGCAUUGAUUGCACGAGACUUGAGAACAGCCAUGAUGACAGCUGAUGAUAAAGAAAGAUAUACAUCCACAGUCCGCAACUUGUCAAAGCAAGAACAUCAACUCAUGUCAUCUCUCAUACGUGAACGUAUCCACAGCGCUGCCACCGUUUUACGCCAUGUAAAGGAUGCGAAUAUACAUAUGGUGGGAUCAUUAGAAAAGCGAUCGAUUCGGAUUACUCAGGAUAUGCGAGAUGAAUGCAUCGAGUUUCUUCGAGGGGUUGGAUUUACAUGUUUGACUAUCGAGAACCAUGAAGCAGAAGCCAUGUGCGCAAAGUUGGCCAAAGAAGGUCGAAGCAAUGCUACCGUGACAGAAGAUAUGGACACGGUUGUAUUUGGUGAUGCUCCCAUUCUACGCUAUUUCUUCGCACGAACACGACCCAUAUUACAAGUGGAUCCUCUUGUUGCUAGGCAUGAGAUGGGGUUGACACGUGACCAAUUCAUCGAUUUAUGCAUCCUGUGUGGCACCGACUUUUCAGCUACAAUCCAUGGUAUUGGCCCCAUUCGCGCAUAUGACAUGAUUCGUCGAUAUGGAUCGAUUGAAAAGGUGCUGGAGAAUCUUAGCAGCAAGUACGUUCCUGAUGUCAACUUUAAUUAUACGCUGGCACGAGAGGUAUUUACCAGCUUACCACCUAUACCCACCGAUGAUGCAUCUUACAAUCCAGCACCUGUGGAUGACAACACCAUCGCUAAAUAUACCAAUCACUAUGACAUUGAUCGCCAAGAAGUGGAAAGCAAGCUUGAAACAAUUCUUUUCCAACAACUACAUCACUCAAUCAUUCCUGAAGAACCCAAUGUGUUUGGACCAGAUCCCUUCGGCACAGCCAAAGACUAG